AUCAUUAUCAAUAUCAACAUAUAGAGAUGCAGAUACGUUUCAAAAGAAGAAGAAGAUAACUAGCGAAUCUUUAUUUUUUUGUUAUAAAAGUCAACAGAAUCUUUACUGAUCCCGAAAACGACACUCGUAGACUUUUCUUCUAGGGCUUAUCCGAAUUUUAUCAUCAAAUUAAAAUCUAAUCAACCACUAACCACAUCCUCCCAUCUCCAGAUUCAUCGUCGCGGGUAGACGGAGAAGAAGAUAUGGCGGUUACUAUGAAGCAUAUGUCGUUGAUCGUCUCUUUGUUCGGCGUCUUGUCCUUCCUUCUUGGGGUCAUCGCGGAGAACAAGAAGCCUGCGUCUGGGACUCCUAUAAACGGGAAGGGAGUAGUUAUCUGCAAAUAUCCAUCUGAUCCAACUGUCGCCUUGGGUUACCUUUCUGCUGCCUUUCUCCUUGCCUGCACAAUAGCUGGAUACAAAUCCUUGUUCAUGUCUUACAAGGGAAGGUCUGUUCCCAACUCUGUCUUGUUCAAAAGCACCACCUUCUCUGUCUUCUUCAACAUUGCCUUGAUCACAUCUGGACUGGCACUGUCUCUGUUGCUAUGGCCAACCAUUACAGAGCAACUUCACUUGACACGUAAUGUCCAUCGGAACUUAGAGACCAGUUGCCCCACGGCUAAGACCGGUCUGCUUGGUGGAGGUGCCUUUGUUUCAUUAGACUCGUGCCUUUUCUGGUUGGUCGCUCUGAUGCUCGCUGAUAACGCACGUGAAGACCAUUUUGAUGAAACUGAGAACAGGAACGUCAAUGGGAACUCUUCCUCUAGGGAUGUUAAUCUCAAGAUUGAUGCUUGAGAGAAUAAUCUGCAUCCGAUUAUUAGUAUUGGGUUUUAAUAAAUGGUUUUUUACAUUAUUCUAUUACUUGUUUGAUUAAGAAAAUAACUAUUCGUUUCUUCUGGUUCUUCUAUGUUCUUAAUAAUAUUUGAUUUUAAAGAUACUUGAACUGUUACUGAACCUGAUGCAUUGUCAUUUUAAGCUGUAUAUAUCUACUCAGAUUCUUGAUUAA